AUGUCUGAGACUGCCGCGAUCAAGAAACAGCUGAAGAUCAAGACCGGAUCGGCCAAACGGUUGUUCAAGGAGCAAGGCCUCUACCAGAAGGAGCAGGAGGAGCUGCAGCGCAAGCUCGACAAGCGCAUCGCGGAGGACGCGGAGGACUGGGACAUCAAGAGCACGAGGCGGAGGAUGGAGGAGUCGGGCAGGAUGGUCGUCGAUUCGUCGACGCGCCUCGGCGACGUCGUCCUAGACUUGCGCGAGCUCGUGCUCGCGGCGGAGCAAGACCCGGAGCUCGCCGAGGACCCGGAGCUCAUCGCGGCGAAGGGAAUCUUGGAGGAAGUCAGCGUGUGA